AUUUGAAUGGGUUUAAUGAGCCCUAGUUGAGCUCAUCUGAUGGCUGUCAGGUUACCCAUUGUUAGAAACUAAUUUUACAUUUUGAAGUACUGGGUUUUUAGCCUACUUAAUUGUUUCAAUUCCUGUUAAGGGAAUGUGUCACCCAUUACAAACUUUCUUAUCACUACUGUUGAUGCAUAUUACUGAUAAAACUCCCCCAUGUAUAAGGAUGUUGACCGUACAUCCAAAAGCAUCACGAUGAACAGAUUUCUGUGGAGCUGUGCAGCACUACUGACUCUGAGUGUUACAGUCGAGUCCCUGCAGUGCUACACCUGCGAAGCGGGGAUCCUCGGCACCUGCCUCAUCAGGGAGCCUGUAAAUUGCAGCAGCAGUCAGGACAGAUGCUUCUCCGGUGUUGCCAAUUUUAAGGACGGCCUGUUAGCGGAUAUCCAUGAGCGAGGCUGCACGGUUAACACCAACUGUAAGAACAGUACUGGGACCAUCCUGAACAUAAACUACACCGUCACCAAGACCUGCUGCAGCACGAACCUGUGUAAUGGAGCCUCCUCUGUCCAGCUGCCCCUCGCUGCAGCUCUGUGUGCUGCUCUGGUGGCAGUUUGGAGUCAGUGGGGCCUGUAGAGACGAAUAAAUGAGGGAAAAUCUGAGUUGCUGCACAUUUUAAUUUAAAAAUUCCAUCACUUUUUUCUCCUUUGAUAUCUUUAUUUUGCUUUAAAAAAGUGUCCCCAUGAUAUAUAAUGGAGGGAUAUUGGCUUCAUCAUGACUCUUUACAAUACAGUUGGUCUAAAUUUACUGUACACGCAUUUUGUAGCUACAUCACUGAAUAUUAAUGCUUUUCUAUGUAAUUCACAUUCCUUUUAAAACCUCCU